AUCUGCCAGGUAAGUAUGAACAAACUUAAUUGUAUCAUUACAAUAUCAUAUUUUUCCUCUUCCCACAAACAGCGAGAGGAAAGACGCAAAGCACGGGAAGCUGACAAUAGUGAAGAAGGUGGUCCUCAGGAACGUCACAUACCUGUAAUGGAGUCGGCUACAGGAACUAUUGUGAGUGGAAAAGCUGCUCCUUUGGCUAGCAACUUGGAGGCUUUCUUGACAGCAAAUCCUGGGUGGGAAGUAUUACCUGAAGAUGAUUCUGAAACAUCUGAUGAUGAGAAUGAAGAGGUGGAAACAGAGAAGAAAGAGGAGGAAAGCGCCUCUCCAGCAUCGACUGAGAAUAAGUUGGAUGCAGCAGAGAAGAAUCCCAAGGAGGUCCUCAAGAAGGCGAAGGUUGAAGAUGAUGAGUACAAAGAUGUAACUGGAGAAAAAAAUUAUUACUCCAUUGCCCAUACUAUCAAGGAAACUGUAACAGAGCAGGCAAAGAUUAUGGUCAAUGGUUCUCUGAAAGAAUACCAGGUUAAGGGCUUGGAAUGGUUGGUGUCUCUUUAUAACAACAACCUCAAUGGUAUUUUAGCUGAUGAAAUGGGUCUGGGUAAGACAAUUCAGACUAUUGGUCUCAUUACGUACCUGAUAGAGAAUAAGAAGAAUAAUGGGCCUUACCUCAUCAUUGUACCACUUUCUACCAUAUCUAAUUGGGCUUUGGAAUUUGAAAAGUGGGCACCAACUGUUCAGGUUGUGACGUACAAAGGGUCACCACAGGUUCGAAGAAUUGUGCAGAGUCAGAUGCGCGCCACCAAAUUGAAUGUCCUCCUGACAACUUACGAAUACAUUAUUAAAGACAAAGCUGUACUUUCAAAACUGCGCUGGAAAUACAUGAUAAUCGAUGAGGGUCAUCGUAUGAAGAAUCAUCAUUGCAAACUUACUCAGGUGUGUUAA